AUCAAUCAUAUGUUUUGUAUAUAUGUAGCCGCACGCCUGUAUGGAUAGCUUCCAUGGGGUAAGGGUGCAUCGACUGUGGUCAGUGUGCUUGGAGUUGGAUUAUCAAUUUUCUCUGAGCUUGUGAAUCAACUACAACUUAUAAACAAAAUCCGGAAGUUUAACUUGUGAACAAGUGUAUACGAAAAAGUGUUGACAUUUUUGCAACUUAUUUACAUAAUGAGUGAGGAUUUAAGAACAGGCAUUUUGGUCGGCUGCGGAAAUCCUUUGCUGGAUAUAUCGGCCACUGUCGAUGAAAAUUUCUUGCAGAAAUAUGAUUUAAAACCAAAUGACGCUAUUUUGGCUGAAGAAAAGCAUAUGCCACUAUAUAAAGAACUAGUGGAAAAGUAUAGUGCCGAUUUUAUUGCUGGUGGUUCAGUCCAAAAUUCAUUGCGUGUAUGCCAGUGGAUGUUACAAAAGCCGGAUGUGGCUAUAUUCUUCGGUUGUGUGGGCCAUGAUCGUUAUGGUGAGAUACUUGAAGAGCGUGCGCGCUCGAAUGGUGUAAAUGUGCAUUACCAGCGCAACAACGAAGCAUCAACUGGCACAUGUGGCGUGCUCAUUACUGGUACUCAUCGUUCGCUCUGCGCUAAUCUGGCAGCGGCUAAUAACUUUACCAUAGAUCAUUUGCUAACGCCUGAAAACCAGAAACUUAUAGAUAAUGCCGAAUAUUUCUAUAUAUCGGGCUUCUUCCUAACCGUGAGUCCGCCAAGCAUUCAGCAUAUUGCCCAACACGCGCACACACAUAAACGCACUUUUCUGAUGAACCUGAGUGCACCAUUUUUGUCACAGUUUUUCAAGGAACCAUUAAUGGCUGCUUUACCUUAUGUGGAUAUCCUAUUCGGCAAUGAAUUGGAAGCUGAGGCGUUCGCAGCUGCUCAAGGUUGGAAUGAUAAGGACAUGAAAGAGAUUGGCAAGAAAAUGUUGGCUCUGCCUAAAGAGAAUGCUGAUCGGCCACGGAUAAUAGUGCUAACACAAGGUCACUUACCGGUAUUACUUAUACAAGAGCACUCCAUUGAAGAAUUUCCAGUGCACCGAUUGGAAUCGGAAGAAAUUGUCGAUACAAAUGGCGCUGGUGACGCUUUUGUUGGUGGCUUUUUGGCACAGUACAUACAAAAGAAGCAACUUAGCGUUUGCAUACGUGCCGGCAUUUGGGCAGCACGUCAAAUUAUACAACGUAGUGGCUGCACCUUCGAAGGCAUACCUGAUUUUAAGGAAUAACGCCUAUGUUGCAAAAUCAACUAGACGUAUUUUAACAUAAAGGCACAUUCGAAGUUUUUACUAUUUGUUGUACAUUUUUGCAAAAAAAA